AUGCACUGGUCACCGUUUAGGACUCGGCUGAGUCGGCUUUCACUUCUCUUUGCCUUCAUCAUCUUUGAAGGUGUGGGUGCAGCUUCACCUGACGUGGCGUCGAACUACAAGGAGCCGGUGACCGGUGUUGUCCACCCCUUUGGCCAGCUUGUGGACUCUGCAGAGAUAGUCAGCAACUCUAAGUGCAAUGAGUACGUGGCAUACGACGCAGUGAGUCGGGAGAUCCUGGCGCCUUUUCUGCAUAAAUUGGCACCUGCCAACGUGCACAAGAGAAUCAAUCAGUCGAGCCUUUCUGUUGUAGCCUUAUCCGUCCAACUACCGACCGUCAAUGUCCAUGAAAUGAGACAAUUUGCUCCAAAGUUUGGGCGAGAAAAGGACGAGUUGCAAGCGGAUGUUUGUGUUUCCAGCUUACGCAGUAACGGCCAGUGUAAACGAUGGAGCAGGGACUGCCGAGCCGACUACAGAGAGACCUAA